CCCUGGCCUCCUGAUGCGCACACCCAGCCACGUGAGGGUUGCCAGGUCUGCUGCUCAGCUGCCCGAUCACUGCUCUUGCACUCUUAAUUGGGGGUUGGCCAUGGCUGUACCUAGUGCACUCAAAACAAAUGCUCUCUGGCUCGAAGUUUCUGCACGCAGUGAGAAGCACACACAUGCAGUCUGUAACUGCUACGGGUGUAUCAGAGGACGGAGGACAGGAGAAAGAGAGACUUCAACUUCAGCAGAGGAAAAGCUUCCUCCCUGGAAAAGGAGCCCACUCUCUCUGAAGCGCAUUGAACUGAGGUACAGAAGUGGCCUUGUCCCUCGUCCCACAGCUGCCGGGAGUCAUGGAGACGCAGACUCCAGCUCUGUGCUUGUGCUCGCACCAGUCCCUCUGCCUGCAGGGUGUCUGCUGCCCUCUCCACCAGACGCAGGACAUUUCUGGCAAAAAGGAAUGAGGAAAAAAAGAGUAGACUCGGAUUACAAGAACUGACCCUCCAAUACGUCUUUAAUAGCAGAGACAGAGCAAACGAGGCUGGGAAGCUAUUUGUGCCAAGAUAAAGCUGUGUGCGCCCCAAAUCCUAGGAAGUGCACGGCUGUCCGUAACGUGCCGCCGGGUCCCAGGAUGGAGGAGUGAAGCCUCCGCGUCGCGGCGGGUUCCAGCCUGCGGAGCCCCCCGGAAGCCGAGUCCCCGGAGAGCGCCCUGAGGGAGCAGGGUGGCCGCCUGGUCCAGGAAUGUUUACCCUUGCAGAAGUUGCUUCACUUAAUGACAUCCAGCCAACUUACCGAAUCCUGAAGCCAUGGUGGGACGUGUUUAUGGAUUACCUGGCUGUCAUUAUGCUGAUGGUAGCCAUCUUCGCGGGAACCAUGCAACUUACCAAAGAUCAGGUGGUCUGCUUGCCAGUAUUGCCAUCUCCUGUAAAUUCAAAGGCACACACACCACCAGGAAAUGCCGACGUUACCACCAACAUCCCGAAGAUGGAGGCAGCCACUGACCAAGAUCAACAUGGGCAGGCGACAAAUGACAUUUCCUUUGACACAUCUGCUGUGACACCUGACAUACCUCUCAGAGCCACAUAUCCUCACCCAGAUUCCACAGUUCCAAAUCAGGAGGCAAAGAAAGAGAAGAAGGAUCCAACAGGCCGAAAAACAAACUUGGAUUUUCAGCAAUAUGUAUUUAUUAAUCAGAUGUGUUACCAUCUGGCCCUUCCAUGGUAUUCUAAGUACUUUCCAUACCUUGCUCUUAUACAUACUAUUAUUCUUAUGGUCAGUAGCAACUUUUGGUUCAAAUAUCCCAAAACAUGCUCAAAAGUAGAACAUUUUGUUUCAAUAUUAGGAAAGUGCUUCGAAUCUCCUUGGACUACGAAAGCGUUGUCUGAGACAGCGUGUGAAGACUCGGAGGAAAACAAGCAGAGAAUAACAGGUGCCCAGACUCUACCAAAGCACGUGUCUACCAGCAGUGAUGAAGGGAGCCCCAGCGCCAGUACCCCAAUGAUCAACAAAAGCGGCUUCAAAUUUUCAGCUGAGAAGCCCGUGGUCGAAGUCCCCAGCAUGACUAUCCUGGAUAAAAAGGACGGAGAGCAGGCCAAAGCCCUGUUUGAGAAAGUGAGGAAGUUCCGUGCCCACGUGGAAGACAGUGACUUAAUCUAUAAACUCUAUGUGGUCCAAACAGUUGUCAAAACUGCCAAGUUCAUUUUUAUUCUCUGCUAUACGGCAAACUUCGUCAACGCAAUCAGCUUUGAGCAUGUGUGCAAGCCGAAAGUCGAGCACCUGACCGGCUAUGAGGUGUUUGAGUGCACCCACAACAUGGCUUAUAUGCUGAAAAAGCUUCUCAUCAGUUACAUAUCCAUUAUUUGCGUGUACGGUUUUAUCUGCCUCUACACUCUCUUCUGGCUGUUCAGGAUACCUUUGAAGGAAUACUCUUUUGAAAAGGUCAGAGAAGAGAGCAGUUUCAGCGACAUUCCAGAUGUCAAAAACGAUUUUGCGUUCCUCCUACACAUGGUAGACCAGUAUGACCAGCUAUAUUCCAAGCGUUUUGGUGUGUUUUUGUCAGAAGUCAGUGAAAAUAAACUUAGGGAAAUUAGUUUGAACCACGAGUGGACAUUUGAAAAACUCCGGCAGCACGUGUCCCGCAACGCCCAGGACAAGCAGGAGCUGCACCUGUUCAUGCUGUCCGGCGUGCCCGAGGCUGUCUUUGACCUCACAGACCUGGAUGUGCUAAAACUUGAACUGAUUCCAGAAGCUAAAAUCCCUGCUAAGAUUUCUCAGAUGACUAAUCUCCAAGAGCUUCACCUCUGCCACUGCCCCGCAAAAGUUGAACAGACUGCUUUUAGCUUUCUCCGAGAUCACUUGAGAUGCCUUCACGUGAAGUUCACCGACGUGGCUGAAAUUCCUGCCUGGGUCUAUUUGCUCAAAAACCUUCGAGAGCUGUACUUGAUAGGCAAUUUGAACUCCGAAAACAAUAAGAUGAUAGGACUCGAAUCUCUCCGAGAGUUGCGGCACCUUAAGAUUCUCCACGUGAAGAGCAAUUUGACCAAAGUCCCCUCCAACAUCACAGAUGUGGCUCCACAUCUGACGAAGUUAGUCAUUCAUAAUGACGGCACUAAACUCUUGGUACUGAACAGCCUUAAGAAAAUGAUGAAUGUUGCCGAGCUCGAACUCCAGAACUGCGAGCUCGAGAGAAUUCCACAUGCAAUUUUCAGCCUCUCCAACUUACAGGAACUGGAUUUAAAAUCAAACAACAUACGCACAAUUGAAGAAAUCAUUAGUUUCCAGCAUUUAAAACGGCUCACUUGUUUAAAAUUAUGGCAUAAUAAAAUUGUUACCAUUCCUCCCUCCAUUACCCACGUCAAAAACUUGGAGUCGCUUUAUUUCUCCAACAACAAGCUCGAGUCCUUACCAGUGGCAGUGUUUAGUUUACAGAAACUCAGAUGCUUAGAUGUAAGCUACAACAACAUUUCAAUGAUUCCAAUAGAAAUAGGAUUGCUUCAGAACCUACAGCAUUUGCAUAUCACUGGGAACAAAGUAGACAUUCUGCCAAAACAAUUGUUUAAAUGCGUUAAGUUGAGGACUUUGAAUCUGGGGCAAAACUGCAUCUCCUCCCUCCCAGACAAAAUCGGUCAGCUCUCCCAGCUUACCCAGCUGGAGCUGAAGGGCAACUGCUUGGACCGCCUGCCAGCCCAGCUGGGCCAGUGUCGCCUGCUCAAGAAAAGCGGUCUUGUUGUGGAAGAUCACCUUUUUGACACCCUGCCACUCGAAGUCAAAGAAGCAUUGAAUCAAGACAUAAAUGUUCCCUUUGCAAAUGGGAUUUAAACUGAGAUAAUCCGUGCACAUCCAUGUGCCAGAACAGCUUCCUAGAUUGCAAGUGCUCACGUACAAGUUAUUGCAAAAUAAUGCGUUUUAGGAGUAGACACAUCUUUAAAAAUAAAACAGAGAGGGUGCAUAGAAGGCUGAUAGAAGACAUAACUGAAUGUUCAAUGUUUGUAGUGUUUUAAGUCAUUCAUUUCCAAAUCUUUUCUUUUCUUCUGGGGGAAAGGGAAGCAAAAAUUAUAAUCACUAAUCUUGGUUUCUUUUUAAAUUGUUUGUAACUUGGAUGCUGCCGCUACUGAAUGUUUACAAAUUGCUUGCCUGCUAAAGUAAAUAAUUAAAUUGACAUUUUCUUACUAUAUCACCUUUUUUGAGGUGUCUUGAUUUACUUUGCUUAAUUGGUGCAAUAUCACUUUAACCCAGACCACUAAAGACAAAGACACAUCAACAGGUCUAAACUUGUAAAUUUAGAUUUGCUGAAAUACUGAUUUCUUUCCUGUUUUAAUUUAAAGCACCUCAAAUAAGCACUUCUUAUAAUAUUUGACUGGCGCUGCUGCUUCUGAGAACCCCAGUUUAUAGAUUUUACACUCUUAAAGGUCUGACAUGCAGGAAAGGUGUGUAGUUUGUUGGGGGUUUUGUUUGUUUUUAAAGAAUAAAUAAUGACAAAAAUAAUAGAAAAUAGCAUUCCUUUUAAUAACAGCUGUUUAUCCAUUGUCUGGAGUUAUGAUUAUAUGGUGCAUUUUUCUACUAAUAAUCUAGGGUUACCAAUAAAUAGAAAAUGUUUUUAAAAAAUAAACGUAUCUGAUUACAACCAACAUAAAAUUUUUAAUGGCUUAAUGAUUAACAACCUUCCACUAUCACCUUUUGAAAGAUAACAUGAAAUCAAAGCAAGUAUUAUUUAAUUUCCUGCCCUGUUUUCACUGCCGGGGAGGGGGCGGGAAGGACUUGCAGUUCAUGGGAAAACUCCUAACUUUCCCUCCUCAUUUUCGUGACAGGCUGUAUUUCCUCUGUUUGUCUGCAGCUAGGAGGGGUCAUGUCCAGGGAAAUGCUGUCAGAAUGUCCAUUUUGGAUGAUAGUUUUCCUUCUUUAUCUAACUUACAGAGUGUCUAAAUCCAUCUCAGAAAAUCCAAAAAUUUCCUGCCACCUGUUUAGAUAUUGGUUGGCAAGGAUUUCAUAGGCCUUCCUACGGGAUCGUUUUUCCAAGAGAAGCGACGUGUUUGGCUGGACGACAGAGUACAGUAGUGUCCUCUCUGUACAAGACUCGGUUCACUGCAUGAAACACUGGACAUUCUCUUGCCACACCUUAUUAUGGCUUGAAGGAUUUUUCAGAGAAUAUGAAAAGAUGAACUCACAUCCUUGCUUUUCUUCCUGAGAACUGAACUCCGGAGGUACUGGCCUGUUGCAAGUGGUAGCGAACCUCUGUCUGCUCUACAGCUUGUAAGUACUCGGAGAAUUAUCUCGAGUGGAAAAGCCUGCGGCACUGUGGCUCAGUUAGGAGCUGACCCUGGCGCCAGCAUGCUGGCCACUCCCUCUCCUCCUAAAAGAUCUGAGGUCGAGGAAAGGAUUAGAAAAGCCCACGUUUAGAAAAUCAGAAGGGCAAAUUUGGGGGGUAAGCAAAUUCUCCCAUGUAUGUAUUUUCCAUUUUUAUCAGCAUUCAUUAAUAUAAUGACUAGCAUCAACUCUGCACCUACUGUGUGUCUCGGCAGUUCAAGGAACUGCGGAUUCCACUUGGCUGCAUGAUGCUCUAUAGCAAACUGGGGAGAUACAUAAUAAAAAUGAUUGGUCACAACUGUAACACAGGUGUACAGAAUCUGUGUGAAUGAAUAAUGGCUGGGUUGGGGUCAGACAGAGGACCUUCAGGGGAGUUUUGCAGUAACAGACUGCCUAUAAACACUAAACACUCCUGGACGUUGCCCUCCCACCAGCUGUGUAGGACACUGUUCACCCCACUUAGUAACACCACCACCAGAAACUGGUACAGCGUUUUUAGAAGGGUGCCGUGUCCUCUUGUGAGAUAGAAGAGGCCGGACAUUAUGAUCCUCACUUUGCAAAAUAGGAAACUUGUCUUCCUUUCUUAAAACAAGUGCAUGUUGUUUUGACGGGUACAAGUGGCGGGCUCCCCUACCUGGCCUUUCGGAGGGCAGAGCUGUAGGAGCUGGAGUCCGUGUGGCACUCCCACAGCCUGAGCACUGUCGGCUGCCUCUGGGCACCUGUCUUUAAGUCAGUACUUGGGGUUCAGUCACUUAGAACUGAUUGGUGUUACAUGCCUUCAAACGAUGUCAAGGGUUACUUUUUCUCUUACCCAGACGUCUGUUGUCCUUAUCAGCCCCCUAAUGAUUUCCUUGAACUCUGAGAGUUCACGGUCAAUUGAUUUAAAUGCUGCGUUCCAUGCCACCGUUUGCAAGUAGCAAUAUUUUAAAAGCAGUUUCCUAGGAAAUGCUGAUUCAUCUAACAGACUACAUGGGCUGGGUCCCAGAGUCUCAGCAAAACAGCAGAUUAGAUUAUGGGCCCCAAUACACUAUACGCGUGCAUUUUCACAAGUUUGUGUUGGCUGCACAUGCACCAGACGUGGGAACACAAGUUGGAAUGUACAAGUUUUGGCUUGA